AUGUCAAAUAACGCUCAAUUGAAUUUACAUAAAAAAGGAGCUGUGUAUUGUGUGGAUAUGCCAUACAUGGAGCCGACAGAUAAAUGCAAUCUACGAGUCACCAUCAUCAAAAGCUCACCCACAGGACACAUUAGGGAAAUCGAAUAUGACAGUGGAAGAAAUGAAAAAUGCUUAAAUCCAAUGAAUCAGACUGAUAACACAAUGAUAAAACAAAAACUUCCAGAAGAUCCCGAAGUCUAUACGCUUGACACAGCAUCGUUGUACGCUCGAUUUCAAGAAUGA